UCGUCAUCAAAACACGGCGACCAGACACUGGCUUUCCUGCCUUCGAUCCCUUGGACCGCUAUUUCCAAGAAAGAAUCGAUCAUGGCCGGCGGGACGGCGUCGGCUUCGGCGCCUUGGAAGACCCUCCUCCUCAAAGCCUUGGACUCCAACUCCCACCUCAAACACUCCGCCUUCUUCCAACUCGCAACGGUCGGCUCGAAUGGCAGACCUGCGAAUCGGACCAUGGUCUUCAGAGGAUUCCAGGAGAAUUGCGAUAAGAUUCAGAUCAAUACGGACGCUCGGAGCAGCAAGAUUGAGGACAUCAAGUAUUGCUCUUUCGGGGAGAUAUGUUGGUAUUUCACAGACUCUUGGGAGCAGUUCCGCAUCAGUGGAAGGAUUGAUAUCAUUAAUGGGUCAAAUUUGGACCCUUUGAAGCUUCAGCAGAGACAGAAAGCUUGGUUUGCAAGUUCCCCAAAGUCAAGAUUACAGUACCUAGGACCUAUACCUGGUCUUCCAGUUAUUACUGAAAAUCCUGGAGCAGAGAAUCAACUUGAUCCAUCCACUGGCCCAGUUGAUGCAUUCUGUCUUUUAAUUCUUGACCCAGAACAGGUUGACUAUUUAAAUCUGAAAAGCAAUGAAAGGUUAAUGUUCACAUCCAGGCCAAGUGCGAAUGGUUGCAAAGUUUGGAUAUUUCAGAAAGUCAACCCAUAAUAAUUUAAUAGAAAUUAUGUGUCUUCCUAAUCUCAGAUCUUGGUGCUUAUUUGCAUAAAGUUGGAUGAAAGUGAAUUAUUUUAAACAGGUGCUUUUUUCAACUCUGAUGAUUCUUCUGGACGCUAUUUUUAUACAAGAUCACUUUGAUAUUCAGUUCA